AUGUUAAUUUGCAACGAAAAUGUAGUUACAGGGAGGCAAAUCUUGUCGGAAUGGAAGACUGAUUUAAGCAGUGCAGUUAAGAAGGAUGAUCAACACCAAUCUCUCCAAUAUCUUUUAACAAGACUAGUAGGAGGUGAAGAUCGAACGAAAGUUGAAUCAACAGGCUUUGCCUGUGAUAGUAAUUCAUGGUCGCUAGUUUGUGUAGCAAACAAACCUGUAAAGAUAGACAUGAGCACAAUGCAAGUCCACCUUCAGCCAUCGCAUCUGAACCUCACAUCGGAAACGGAAAAUACCACCACCGUUGUCCGGCCAUACGCAAUGCAAGAAAAUCCAUACGUCAUCAACGACAUCACUCCGGUAACGAUCACAACCACCGAACCACCACGACCUACAUGCGAUCAUAACCACCAACACCCGGCCGUGAUCUUCUCAUCUGGUGGAUACACCGGAAACAUAUUCCAUGAAUUCAAUGAAAACAUCAUACCUUUAUUCAUCACUUCUCGCCUUUUCAGAUCUCGCGUACACUUCAUCGUUGUUGAUCACAAACCUUCAUUCAUUAGAAAAUAUAGACGAGUUUUUUCACGCCUAUCGGAUCACGAAAUCAUAAAUCCAGCCAUCGAUUCAACCGUCCAUUGCUUUCCGGGAGCUGUAACCGGAUUAAAAUUCCACAAAUUUCUAGGCGUAAACACAUCGGAAAAUCCACAGGGUUACUAUUCAAUGCCAGAUUUCAGAGAAUUCAUCAGACAAACUUAUCGACUGAAAUCACGAAGCGUUCUCGAUACACAAAAUCCUCCAUUAUUGCUUCUAAUUUCUCGCCAAACAACACGAAAAUUCCUGAAUCAAGCAGAAAUGGUGAAAUUGAUGGAGGAAUUAGGGUUUCGGGUGAUCAUAGCUAGUUCGGCGAAGGAGAUGUCCAACGUUGAGAAAUUUUCCCGUGUGAUUAACUCUUGCAGUGUUAUGGUGGGGGCGCAUGGGGCCGGGCUAGCUAAUGAACUUUUUCUGCCUGAUGGGGCUGUUAUGGUACAAGUGAGACCACUAGGGUUCCAGUGGGACGUCGAUUCGUUUUAUAGCGAACCGGCUCCUGGGAUGGGUUUGAGGUAUUUGGAGUACCGGAUUAAACCGGAUGAGAGUUCGUUGGCUGAUGUCUACGGUCUCGAUCAUCCGGUGCUUACGGAUACGGCUUCUGUGGCGGCCAAAGGUGGAUACGAAGCUGCACGAGCAAUGUAUUUAGAUAAACAAGAUCUGAGAUUAAAUUUAAACAGGUUUCGAGAAACACUGAUUGAAGCAUUAGGGUUCGUUAGACAGAAUACCCAAGCUUAA